UCCUGCUGCCAAGAGGUGAAAGGACACUGUGGCAAAGCAUUGGAGACACCUCUUGAGAAGUGUUGAGGAGGAGGAAGAGAGGAGCAGAGGGUUUUCAUAGCAGGAAAAGCAACUUUCCCCCAACUUUUGCAGUGCAGGGGGGCAAAGAUGCAGAAGUACCUGCUCUAUAACAGUGUGGAGCCAGAGGAGCUCCCAACCCUCAAGGAGCUCAGCACUGUAGAAAUCUGCAAAAUCUGGUCUGGAAUGUCUCGGCACAUCUACAGACACCUCUUGAAGAAGAGGGCCGUGGAUAUUGGAGUUGGGAGCUUUGCGCUUGUCCCAGCGCAGGCCACUGUGGCAGAGGGCAAGGUUUUGCCUGUUGAGAGACCUAUGUUCAUUCUGAGCAAGACUCUGAAGAUGUUUUACAACCUUGAGAGUGAAGAGACCAAAAUUCCUGAUGAGACACCCAUUGUUCAGCCAGACUUUGAAGAGAUUGCUGCACACACCCACUUUCGCCACGAAAUCGUGGAGCAGUGUGUACAGGAGACCCUGCACUGCUUUGCUGGGGCCCUCCGAGACAACAAGGAGGUGGAAUUCUCGUUCAGGAGCAUCGGUAUCCUUGCUGUGCGGAAUAAAGUGCUCAACAUGACCUUCUUUGAUGGCUGCCUGCUGGAGCUGGAUACAACAGGAAACAUGAUGAAAGCCCUUCUCGAGGACCCCAACAUGAUGAGCCUUGCUGCCUUUCCAGGCCAAAACGAUUUUAGUCGGAUCAGUCAAGAUGAGGUUCUCUUACUGCCAAGCCUUGUGGUUGAGACCCCACACCAGCCAUUGGUCCCGCCAGUUUCCCUGAAGCCCAGAAGAGAGUCGGCGCCGUGGGGCGGGGGGUCCCGCAGAGUAAGCGUGCUGGAUCCGGUGUUCCUGGCUCGGAGGAGGGUUUCUCAGGCCAGUCAGCAGUCGACGGAAGUCGAUCAAGCUAAAGACAAGGAAGCUGGCCAAGUUGGGCACCUGCCCGUGAUCCAGGAGAAGACGCAGAUGAUGCUGAAGCACCCCACAUCUCCAGUUCAGCAGGGGUUGAAGGUCUCCGCAAGUGCUCCCCGACCCUCAGAGUUGAGAAGGCAGCCCCUCUACACGGAGAAGGAGGAGCGAGAGCUCCAGCUGCUGCUGGCAUCCAAGCGCCGCGAGGUGGAGGCUGAAGUGUGGCGCAAAUACUUCGGCAACCGGGCCACCACGGAGCAUGGACGGACCUCCUGCCCCUACGUGUUCGAGGAUCCCUACCGCCCUGCCCACCUCCUGAGGAAGGCCUACGCCCAGCGGCUGAAGGAGAGGGAGCGCUCGGAGCCGCCGGCAGAGUUCCAGCUCCUGAGGAAAACACUGGAAGACAAGAGUGUGCAGGCCAACCUGCUGAAACGCUGAGGAGGAGGCCCAGGGACUGCCAGCCCUGCCAAGAAGCUGCGAGCAGCCCUGCAGAUUGCCACAGCAUUCAUCCUUCCCAACAGGACAGCUGGCAGGAAUGGGUGGCAAGGACUGCCUUAGCUGAG